AUGAAAUUAUCGGUGCCGCUCAAACUUUUGUACGAAUGCGAAAACUUCCAGCUCACGGUGGAAUUGGACAAUGGAGUAAAAGUGACCGGAAAGCUGAUGCAGAUGGACGACCUCAUGAAUUUAACUCUGGAUGACGUGGUAUUAACAGAGGCAAAUGGACAUAACAUCAAGGUAGAACGAAUGAUGGUACGUGGAUCCUUGAUCCAGUUUAUUGUACUUCCUCCAAUUUUGCGGCACAGUCCGUUUUUGAAAGCUGAUGAAACGAGAGCCUAAUUAGGUCAUCGCCAAUUUUGGCAGGAAAGAAGAAAUGUUCACAUGUGGUCUUCUGUACAAAGUUAUGCCAAAUAUUUUGCUAAUAUGAUUCAGAAGAUGGUCUGUUAGCAGCUGUCGAAAUUGUAUUUUUCAGAUUUUAAUCGCUAGAAUGAAACACAUAUCAAAUAUUUAUUUGCCAAAUAGCACAAUAACGCAGCAUAAAACAAGUAAAGAACAGUAUUUAGCGAAACUACUUCUAUAUCAACCAUCAAGGUUGCACAUUUUAUGUUUGAUACCUUGAGUUCCAUUUUGAUUUGACUUGAGCACCUGUUUCCUCACAUCGAACUAUCUAUAAGAACAUAAAUAAAUGAACGCAGAAUGAAUUAGAUAAUAAUAUCCAGUUUGAAGAAUGAA